CUCCUUAGACACCCCUCAAUAACCUAACCUAACCAAAAACGCCGGUAGAGAGGCAAACGGAGGGUAUUUAUAAGGUUUUAAAAGAGUGUGGCGGGCCCGGGAAGAGUGUUGGAACAGCGGUCAUUUGAAGCGGUGACGUCGGUUACGGCUGCCAUCUUGAGCACUCUAUGGGGUUGGGCCGGUGGUUCUCCGCGCUCCCCGAUAUCCGCGAUCAUCCGCCUCUCUGUGCACGAUCCGCCGCUGUGAAUCCGCGUAAAGUGAACUGUGUGAACCCUUGAACCAUGGCUGAGACCGAUAAGCUUAAUAUAGACACCAUAAUUGCCAGAUUAUUAGAAGUGCGAGGAUCUCGGCCUGGAAAGAAUGUCCAGUUGACAGAAAAUGAAAUUCGUGGUCUCUGCUUAAAAUCCAGAGAAAUCUUUCUCUCUCAACCUAUCCUAUUGGAAUUGGAAGCUCCUCUUAAAAUUUGUGGUGACAUUCACGGACAGUAUUAUGAUUUGUUGCGACUAUUUGAAUAUGGAGGGUUCCCACCAGAGUCAAACUACCUUUUCUUGGGAGACUACGUGGACCGUGGUAAACAGUCACUUGAAACGAUAUGUCUGCUACUGGCCUACAAAAUAAAGUAUCCUGAGAACUUCUUCCUUCUCAGAGGCAACCAUGAGUGUGCUUCAAUCAACAGAAUCUAUGGCUUCUAUGAUGAGUGCAAACGACGGUACAACAUCAAAUUGUGGAAAACCUUCACAGACUGUUUCAAUUGCUUACCAGUUGCAGCGAUUGUUGAUGAAAAGAUCUUUUGUUGUCAUGGUGGGCUGAGCCCCGACUUACAAAGUAUGGAACAGAUUCGUCGCAUUAUGAGGCCCACUGACGUCCCCGACCAAGGGUUACUCUGUGAUCUCUUGUGGUCUGACCCAGACAAGGACACUAUGGGAUGGGGGGAAAAUGAUCGAGGGGUCUCUUUCACAUUUGGUGCAGAAGUUGUUGCCAAAUUCCUUCACAAACACGACUUUGACCUCAUUUGUCGUGCUCAUCAGGUUGUUGAAGAUGGCUACGAGUUCUUCGCAAAGAGACAGUUAGUGACACUCUUCUCGGCACCAAACUAUUGUGGAGAGUUUGAUAAUGCUGGAGCAAUGAUGUCUGUAGAUGAAACACUCAUGUGUUCUUUCCAGAUACUUAAGCCUGCUGACAAAAAGAAGUUUCCUUAUGGAGGUUUGAAUACCGGCCGACCUGUUACGCCACCAAGAGGAGCUGCCAAUCAGAAAAACAAAAAGAAAUAGGAGGCCUGUUGUUUCAAUCACUCAUAGGGCUGGCAAUUUUGUACGUGGUCAGCCCACGCUCAUCCUGUCAAAUAUAUUCUUUAAGAAGAAUAUUAUUUCCAUUUACAAUUUAGACAGAUUUUUAAUAACUAAUUCAUUUACUGUAAGAACAGGAUAGGGCAUCCCUGGAUUAGCGAGGGGUGCCAUCCUUUGCCUCCAAGGACAAAAUUAACAAGACAGCAUUUCAAAGUUCAGUUGCUAUAAUAUGGUGUAAUUGUAUUGAUGCAAUACCCUAAAAUGGGUCAGAGAACUAUUUAUUUUUCCUAGAGGGGCAUCGUCAAACUUUGAAAAUCUAGGUAGGUUUUAUCUACAGUACUGGUCAUGCAAUCCUAUUGUUAACUUUUGUCAGAAUUGAGGAGUUUAAAAUUGUUACCCUGCAACUGUGAUUAUAAAGUUCAGUAUUGGUAAAAAUUUUGUAAGGUGGAAAGUUUGACUUGCAUUAAUAUAUACUAUUUCGGUGUGUAAAUAGCCAUGGUAUUUAAUCGCGUAUAAGCAUUUACCAUUGUUCUUGUAUAAACACGUAGGGCCCAAAGAUGACUGGAGUGAAAGCAGCCUGAGAAUAGUUAGUGGCUGCUCCUUAGGUUCAUGUACAAAUGUCCAGUUGCCGUAGUAGCAGGAGCACGAGCAUCUGGCUAUUGCUGUUGCUUGUAUCAUCCCGGAACAACCCAAGACCACUGCCAGUGGUAUGUCAGAGCCCAACCCCAUGGAUUAUCAUACAUUGGCAAGUGUCAUGGGAUACUCAAUUCAGAAAGCACGGGCAUUUCAGGAAAUUCACUGCACUUGGCAGUUAGGUAUUACAGUAUAUGCAUUGCACAUAAGUUUUGGACCAUUUGAUAAAGGUCUUGGUACAUAUUGGUACUGACUGUUGUAUAAAAUCUUUUUGAUUUGUAAAUGCCCUUGAUUUCUUGAUAUCAGUGCAAAUGACAGAGGAUGCCAGCUGACCUACCACUGCAUGCUGUCUGCCAGAUCCUUAUUCCCAAAUGGUCUGGCGAGCUAUGAGAUUUGGAAAGGUGGAAAUUAGGACUCCUCCAUAUCCAAUGUUUUCUCCCUUGAAUAUAUUUUUUAUUAUGUAUGAUUUGUUGGAACAGGCAUUUGUGAUCAGUGGCAGUUUUCUGCUUUUUUUUUUAUUGAGUAAAGUUUUAUUUAUGAUGAACGUAAGAUGCUAUAACCGAAGGCUGAGAACUGGCGUGACUUCUGCUAGAACUACGUCGGCUGUUACUUUACUUGACAUUUUUCUAGAUAAAUAUGAUUGUUCAUUUUUGUUUUGUAAUUAUUUCUUCUAUGAACUAUCCUAUACUUGUAAAGUUAUACAUAGUGUUGUGUUACCGUUGGCAUUCAUCUUGGUCCUUCUGAGGGAGCUGGGAACGGCUUGCUCAUCUCCGCACUUGCCUACUUUUACAGAGGUUAUAAAUUCCACUACUCUUAAUUGCAAUAAAGGUUAUCAUAGAUUGGUUUACUCUGGUUUUACAUCUUUGGUCAUUUAGCUCUUAACCACAAGUUAAAUUGUGAACUGUAAGUUAGGGGGAGCUUGACCACAUAAUUUGUAAGCUACAUUGAAAAUCACUAGAUCAUAUAACCAAAUAAUGGUCCACAAACAAUAGGAAAAUAAAAAAUGAAAAAUA